AUGCACCCGGAGCCGCCCCGUUAUCCUCGCCGUGCUGCGCCGCGCGCCGACGUGAGAUGGUCGAGCGGCGAAGGCUGGUCGUCGCCAGAGGGCAGCAGUGUGGCGGCGGCGUCGGCUUGCGAUGAGGCGGCGUCUCAGGCUGGCGCGGCAGGCGACGCUGGGGCGGCGGCGUGCGACGCAUCGCCGCCGCCGCAGGGGGUUCCGGUGGGCGACGACUUUGUCGAGCCAAUGUGCCGUGAGACGGACUCGCGCUUUGUGCUGUUUCCGAUCCAGCACGCCGACAUCUGGCAGAUGUACAAGCAGCACGAGGCGUCGUUCUGGACGGCGGAGGAGAUCGACCUCGGCCCGGACCGCAAGGACUGGGAGCGGCUGACUGCGGACGAGCGGCACUUCAUCACGCAUGUCCUCGCCUUCUUCGCCUCGUCCGACGGCAUUGUGGUCGAGAACCUCGCGGAGCGCUUCUGCCGCGACAUCAAGGGGCUGCACUGCGACUUCGCCUGCCUGCUCUUCUCCAAGCUGGAGCGUCCGCCGCCGCGCGAGCGGGUGCUCGACAUCAUCCGCGAGGCGGUCGAGAUCGAGCGCGUCUUCGUCACCGACGCGCUCCCCGUCUCGCUCAUCGGCAUGAACGCGCGGCUGAUGACGCAGUACAUCGAGUUUGUCGCCGACCGCCUCCUCGGCGAGCUCGGCGUCGGCGCGCACUGGGGCGUGGCCAACCCGUUCGACUGGAUGGAGCUCAUCUCGAUGCAGGGCAAGACAAACUUCUUCGAGCGGCGCGUCGGCGAGUACCAAAAGGCGGGCGUCAUGGGCGGCGGCCAGCAGGGUGGCGGCCGCGAGUUCACGCUCGACGCCGACUUUUGA